GAGCUUAUUAUUGAUGAAUCAAAAGAAAGAAGAAAAUUUCAACUCCAACGCCAGCUGGGAUCGCUACAAAGGGAAUUGAGGUUGAUGCUUGCUGUAUUGGACCACAUAGAAUCGUUGGAACGACCAAACAAAGAUAUGAAUGGCUGGGCACAAAAAGCAAGAAUAGUUGUUCGCUCCGUAGAGGAUAUGAUCGACAGUUUCAGUUUCAAAACAGCAAAGACGAGCCGGGCAAAAAAAUUGAAGAGAUCUGCCUUGUAUUUCAAUGAAAUGUUUCUUGGAUACCAGUUGAGUCCCAAGGUAAAGCGUCUCUUGCUAAGUAUCAAUAAUCUGUCUGAAAGAAGUAAAGUCCUUAAUAUCGGAAAUGAUGGAGGAGGUGGAGCAAAUGAAGAUGCGGUAAUAGCAAAGACCACUGUAGCUCGAUCAACACUUCACAGUGUCUUUUCCAAGUUCAGUUUCGCACUAAUCUUGCAUCCUUUUAAAGUGCAAAUGUUUCCUGCUGCCUUGUUAGCUGUGGAUACAGUUGGGAUGGUGAUACUAAAAGAGCUGAAGUCUCAUAUAAAUAAUCUGCGUAGAGUACAUAAUCAAAUCCUCAAUGUCAGAAAAGAUCAGGGAGGUUCUGAAGAACUUGAGGUCACUAUUUCAAGAGAGAAGACCAACACCAUCAUUUCUUCUUUCUUAAAGCAGAUUGAUUCCGUGCUAAGAAAAAAAAUUCUUUUCUCCCGCCGAGCCACCUCGGAGGUUGAGCAAGUAAGGCAGGAUAUCAACUGUCUAUCUAAUCUUCUGAAAGAUAUGGAAGCCGUUAGAGAGCUAGAUGAAAGGGAGAAAGUUUGGAUGGAAUGGGUGAGGGAAAUUUGUCUUCGACCUGCAGAUGCUUUCCUCGAGUCUUUCGAAAGCGAAAGAGAGCAGCAGACAAAGAGUUGGGCCGCAAAACUCCAAGCUCCUGCUUUUUAUAAUGGAGAUUUAGUGCUCAGAAAGAAGAUGAUAGAGAUCAGGAGCAGGAUCCAAUAUGCAUAUGGCAGAAGGUGGAUAUAUGGAAUGGGAGAAUCUGAUAAAAAAAGAGAAGGGUUGACGCCAUCAACGGGUUUUGAACUUGAGUCAAUCUCGCAAGAGUUGAAGCUCAUGCAUGCCUUAUCUAAAGAUGCUCAGGGUAUGGAAGUUCAAGGUGGGAGAGGGAAGGCCUGGUUGGAGCAAAUUGAAGGCCUUGCUCUUGAGGUAGAUAAUUUCAGUAAGCUCAUAAUGCAAGAAAAAAUGAAGGGACGUUCACCUCUGUCACUUUACAACAAGUUGCGCUCUAUAGCAAAGAAGAUAGAAGAAAUGAGCAGAAAGUUUUAUGUUAUGUCUGAAAGAAAGAUAACUUAUGACAUCGGGAAAUUUGAAGGAAAAAGGGGUCAAUAUUCUCAGAUUCAAGACCUGCAAGGAACCACGGCAUCUAUCUCUGGUACUACUGCAGAAGAUAAUGAUAAUAACUUGGAGGAAGGUCAACCAGGCUCCUCUCAGCUGCACACAAAGACAACAACAUGUGAGAUUGAAGAAACUGAAAACAGUUCAAAAGUUCAAGACCUGCCAGGAACCCCAGCAUCUAUGGAUACUGUUAGCAUUAAAAAUGAGGACACACCGAAAAUUACAGCUGAACCAAGCCAAAUGAAUGAUUUGAAUGCUACCGAACUGCCUACAUCUGAUACUGUAGGAAGAUCUUACGCCAAAGAGCAAGUUGAAUCUAUCAAAAGAGAGCUGGAGCUGAUUAAAGCUUUUCUCGAAGAUGUUGAAGCGAUUAAAGAACCAGAUGCAAGACUCAAUUGCUGGGAGGAGGAAAUGCGAGAGAUUGCUCAUGAAGCAGAGGCUAUUAUUGGCAUCUAUGAGAACACGAGAGUGGAAAAGAAGAGCAUCUGCACUAGGCUUGCAUCAUUAAUCAAUAGGGAUGCUGAUUCCAAGGUUGUGCGGGAGAUCUCUAUUAUCAAUGAAAAAAUUAGGGAAUUUACACACACAAGGAUUGCUUAUGGCAUUGAACAUGUUGAAGAGUCCAAGUUGGGGACCCGAAGAAGAUAUAAGAGAAGCCCUCCAUCUCAAUCUUCUGAAGAAUCUGUUGUUAUUGGCUUUGAUGACCAAGUAAACGAAAUAAAGGAAAGAUUAUUAGAAGAUGAUGAACCAAAUCGCUGCGUCAUUUCAAUCGUGGGAAUUGAAGGCUUUGGAAUCAAUGCUGCGAUUCAUUACAUAUCAUAAUGGUUGGAAAUUGGUCACUGCAUCUUAAAUCCAGCGACUUCUUUCUGCCUUUUUUUUCAAGUUUCUUGUGUUUCCAGAGGAUGACAAACUUCUGCAAAAUAAAUGUCAGUUAUUCUAACUGCUAUGAGGGCAGCAGAGAUGUAAGGCCAAUGCUAAUAUAAGGAAUGGGAAGUUCAGAAACAUUGUGGAAGUUGUCAAGCUCAAUCCAAGGACACUCUCAGAUGUUAGCUCUUCCUUUCAUGUGAUGAUUUAUUUCAGGGGUAUCACCAGUAAUAGGCUUGGAUGCAGCUAUAUCAUUCCUUCACCCUCGUGUUUUUUUUUUUUUUUUCCUGUUCUUAUUGUUAUUUGUUGCUUCUCUUGUUGUUGUUGGAGAAUGGUGAUGGUAAUGGGGGAGGUUUAUUUAUUUUUAUUUUUAAAUGUGAUUGUUGUGAUGUAUUCUAAAACCAGUGCUUAUUUCAGAACCUUUUUGUU